GUGCGCGAGGAAGGAGAACCCGGAAGCGCCAUGGGAUGCGAUGGCGGCACCAUCCCCAAGCGGCACGAGCUGGUCAAGGGACCCCGCAAAGUCGAGAAGGUUGACAAAGUUGCUGAGUUGGUGGCCAGGUGGUUCUACUGUGCCCUGAGCCAGGAGAAGCUGCGCCGGCCCAUCGUGGCCUGUGAGCUGGGCAGGCUGUACAACAAAGAUGCCAUCAUUGAGUAUUUGUUGGACAAAUCCCCUGAUAAAACCCCCAUGGAAUCUGCAUCCCAUAUCAAAAGCAUUAAGAACGUGACAGAGCUGCAGCUGGUGGAUAACCCAGCCUGGUGUGGGGACAAGGAGAGCAUCAAGGGGGACAAGUACGACGACCUGCAGGCUGCACGCUUCAUCUGCCCCGUGGUGGGGCUGGAGAUGAACGGCAGGCACAGGUUUUGCUUCCUGAGGAACUGUGGCUGUGUGUUCUCUGAGCGUGCUCUCAAGGAAAUCAAAGCAGAAGUUUGUCACAAGAGCUGUUCAGCUCCGAGCUCACAGCCUCUCCCUGCCCUGCUGGGUUUAUUUGCAGCAGAAAUACCCAACUCUUACCAGUGUGGUGUUCCCUUUCAAGAGGAAGAUGUGAUUGUCCUUAAUGGUAAUAAAGAGGAUGUGGAAAUUCUGAAGAAAAGGAUGGAGGAAAGAAGACUUAAAAGUAAAUUGGAAAAGAAAUCAAAGAAAGGCAAGACAGCAGCAGCAGCUUCUCAGCAAGAGCCCUCUGCAGGUCCUUCAAAAGCUAAGAGUGGAAAGGAUUGUGUCAAUUCCAGCUCUGGGGAAAGCAGGCAGAUAAUCUUCACCAAAAGUUCAGAGAAUGGAAACCCAGCAGUCCCAGGAAAAGUCAAUAAAGCUUCCAGCAGCACCAAGAGAUCCAUUGCAGACAGCGAGGACAAGUCUGAGGCUUACAAAUCUAUUUUUACAACUCACAGCUCAGCGAAACGUUCCAAGGAGGAGUGUUCCAACUGGGUUACUCACACAGCUUACUAUUUCUGAAACAAUGAGGAGCACCCUGCCUCCUUCCCUCCUUCCCUCCUUCCCCAUGGCUCCCUCUGUGCAGAACUUUUGUGCUGCAAUUCCUCUUUGUGAGCUGGUUAUAAACCUGGUCAUAGCUGGAGAACCUGUGUCAGCUGCAGCUCCUGGGGAAUAUGAAGCAGACCAGCAGAAUCCAUGCUGCAGCAGCAGAUUUCAUUCUGAAAUGUUGGAAUUUUUGCACAAAAAUUCUCCUUUUCUCCUCCCAGUUGGGUGUUAUACUCAGUCACAGUGUCCUCAGAGGAGAAGUUCCUGCUCUCCUCCUCUUGUUCAUUUGUGCCACAAAAUAAUUGUGUAAUUACAGCUUUCAGUGUAUUACUACAGAAUUCAAGCCCUCAGUAACUUUCUGACAGCAAAAAUAGAAAUAAUGUCAUUAAUGUCAUUCUUUUUUUUUUUUGUCAAGCCAACUGGGCCCUCAGCAGAACUCUAAAAUUCUAAAAGCUUCUGCAGAUUUUUUCAAAUAAUUUAUCUUUUGACAGAGUAGAUGAGAGCACAGUCAUGAAAAUGUUUGUGCAACAUCCCUGGCCAUGUUGCUGUAGCCUGUUUCUAGCAGCAGAAUAUUCCCUUGUUCAUCUCUGAAUCCCAAAAUACCCACAUGGAAUGACCAGAGGGGAGGCUGCAACUUCUUCACUUUCCUCUCUCCCUCUUUUAAAAUUGAAAUCUGCUUUCCUAAUCCUGGCACAAGCUAACCAGAAUAGAAAUGCAGGAAGUAGGAGGCUUUAAAAACCACUGCAUGAUGUUACCUUGUUACCUUUGUGUGUGAAAAUGAUUAAUUAUCCUUGUAAUAGAAUUUUAAAAGUGUCCCCAUUGUAUAAUUGGCAGUAGUUACCUGGAGAUUCAAAUGCUCUGUUGAUAUUUGCAUAGGUGGUCUCCAUGAUUCAAACAGCUUGAAUGAAACUGCUGGGAUUUUAUUAUUAUUUUGAUAGGUAUAAUUAAAAAUUGGUUUGCUGCAGAAUUUCUAUGGUGGUAAUAAGAAUUUUUUUGUUUCCCAGAGAUGUGAGCACAUCAAACAGUUUGAGGUUUGCUGGAGCUUCCAGGAAGCACUCAGGCACAUUUUGUAUGCAUGGCUGGGGAUCAGCUUUGUUCUGUAUUCUUUUCAUUAUGAUCCUUUGUUAUUUGUUGCUUACAGAUAAUGAAAUUUCUGCACUAAAGGUGUCCCAUAGUA